AUGUCGAGGAUAUUGAAAAUACUGAGGCCCGCCGCGAGUUUAACCAAGCGUUACGGAAGUCAAAAGGGAGGCGGGCAAAGCAAUUGGCAAUAUAGAAUGAGGAAGCUCGGGUUCGAGCUGGCCAUUUACAAACGGUACGGUCUAUAUACGGAUGAUGUGCUGGAUUACGAGCCGACCGUUGUUCAUGAGGCGUUACGUCGAUUGCCGAAAGACGUGUUGGACGCGAGAAAUUUCAGGUUGAUACGAGCGUUGCAGUUGGACGUAUUGAAACAGUACCUGCCCCGAGAAAAAUGGAUCACGUACGAGCAGGACUUGGAAUAUCGAUAUCUGCAACCGUACAUACAGGAAAUAAACGCGGAAAAGACGGAGAUUUACGAGUUUGGCUGCCCUAAUUACGCGGAGGACGAUUGGCCCUAUCAUGAGUUAAAAUAG